UUUUUUUGUUUUUUUUUUUUUUAAGAGACCAACUUCAUAAUUUUCGUUGACCAAGAGGAUAAGAAUCGAGACACGCAGCCUUUGAGUUCAGUUAAAUGUCUUGGUCUUCAAAAAUGAUGCAUUUGACUUGUUACACUACUUAAUUACACAGUGUUGAUGAACUCUGUUGGAUAUCUGGGGUAAUCUGUAAUCAAUCAUGUACAAUUUCAAAACGUUAUUUCCAAUUUUAGUUGUGAUUUUGAUCUUCAAAACAUGCCCAUCUGUUAAUUCAUCUCAAAAUUACCAAGAACCAAUUAAGGCCAUAAUCAACCGUUUAGAUUCUCAACGAUCAUCUCCAACAGUUCAGCAAAAUGCAGCUAAAUCCCUUCUUCAUAGAUUGUUACCUUCUCACUCCUCCAGCUUCAUUUUCAACAUCAUUUCAAAGGAUGUUUGUGGUGGGGAGAGUUGCUUUUGGAUUGAAAACUACAACAAAUCGAGCAGGCAUGGGCCACAGAUAGUGAUAAAGGGUACCACCGCCGUGGAAAUAGCUUCUGGCCUUCACUGGUAUUUGAAGUAUUUGUGUGGUGCACAUAUUUCAUGGGAGAAGACUGGAGGUGUUCAGAUGGCUUCUAUUCCAGAUCCGGGAUCACUUCCUUUGGUUAAAGAUGGGGGAUUGGUCUUUAAACGCCCAGUUCCAUGGAAUUAUUAUCAAAAUGUUGUUACUUCAAGUUAUUCCUUUGUCUGGUGGGAUUGGAAAAGAUGGGAGAAGGAGAUUGACUGGAUGGCUCUUCAAGGUAUUAACUUGCCUUUAGCUUUUACUGGACAAGAAGCUAUUUGGCAGAAAGUCUUUGUGGACUUCAAUGUCAGUAAAGAGGAUCUGAAUGAUUUUUUUAGUGGACCUGCCUUCCUUGCUUGGGCACGCAUGGGAAACCUACAUGGCUGGGGUGGACCAUUACCGCAAAAUUGGUUAGAUCAUCAAUUGGCCUUGCAGAAGCAGAUAUUAUCCCGUAUGUUGGAGCUAGGAAUGACCCCUGUCUUGCCUUCAUUUUCUGGAAAUGUACCUGCAGCGCUGAGAAAAAUUUACCCGUUAUCAAAUAUAACCAGGCUGGGGAACUGGAAUACUGUUAGUGGUGACCCCAGAUGGUGCUGUACUUUUCUUUUAGAUCCUUCUGAUCCAUUAUUUGUCCAGCUUGGCGAGGCCUUUAUUAAGAAGCAGAUUAAAGAAUAUGGAGAUGUGACUGACAUAUACAACUGUGACACUUUUAAUGAAAACUCUCCACCCACUGAUGAUCCGACUUAUAUAUCAUCACUUGGGGCUGCUGUUUAUGAAGCAAUGGCCAAAGGUGAUAAGCAUGCUGUGUGGCUUAUGCAGGGAUGGCUCUUCUAUUCAGAUUCUAAGUUUUGGAAGCCUCCUCAAAUGGAAGCUCUUCUUCAUUCUGUUCCCAAAGGGAAGAUGGUAGUUCUUGAUCUAUUUGCUGAUGUCAAACCUGUAUGGGAGACAUCGUCUCAGUUCUAUGACACUCCUUAUAUCUGGUGCAUGCUUCACAACUUUGGUGGAAACAUUGAAAUGUAUGGCGUACUGGACUCAAUAUCUUCAGGGCCGGUUGAUGCUCGAAUUAGUGAAAAUUCAACAAUGGUUGGUGUUGGUAUGUGCAUGGAAGGAAUCGAGCACAAUCCAGUUGUUUAUGAGCUCAUGUCUGAGAUGGCCUAUCGAAAUGAGAAAGUUGAACUUGUGGAAUGGAUCAAAACUUAUUCUCAUAGGCGCUAUGGUAAAGCUACUCAUCAGCUGGAGACGGCCUGGGAAAUUCUUUACCACACUAUUUACAACUGUACAGAUGGAGUUGCUGAUCACAACAAGGAUUAUAUUGUUGAGUUUCCUGACUGGGAUCCUGUAAAAAACACAAAACUGGAUGGAAUCAGAGAUUAUCAGAAACACAGUCUUUCCAUCUUACACAGAAGCAUGAGGCAUUCUUUGCUUGAGUCAGGGCCUUCCCUUCCAUUGCCACAUUUGUGGUAUCCAACUGAGGAAGUUGUCAAGGCUUUACGUCUAUUUAUUGAUGCUGGGAAGGAUCUUGUUGGAAGUUCUACUUUUAGGUAUGAUUUGGUUGAUUUGAGUCGGCAAGCACUUUCAAAGCUAGCAAACGAUGCAUACCUGAAAGCUGUGACUGGUUUUCAGCACAAAGAUUUGAAGGCAUUAGUUAUUUACAGCCAGAAGUUUAUUGAGCUCAUCAAAGACAUAGAUGAAGUUCUUGCUUCUGAUGAAAAUUUUCUUCUUGGGACUUGGUUAGAUAGUGCAAAGAGGUUGGCUUCAAAUCCUAAGGAGAUGAGACAGUAUGAGUGGAAUGCAAGGACUCAAAUCACAAUGUGGUUUGAUACAACAGAAACCAAUCAAAGCAAGCUUCACGACUAUGCAAAUAAAUUCUGGAGUGGGCUGCUGGAAGACUACUAUCUUCCUCGUGCAUCGACAUAUUUCGAUCAUCUCAGGAAAUCCUUGCAAGAUAAUGAGAUAUUCAGGAUUGAUGUAUGGAGAAAAGAUUGGAUAUCCUAUUCAAAUAAAUGGCAAUCUGAUACAAAGAUAUAUCCUGUUAAGGGUCGAGGAGAUGCUCUUUCUAUAGCAACUAGGAUGUAUCAAAAAUACUUCAGCUAGGACCUCGCUUUUUGUUGUAACAACCUACCAUAUGCUUAUAACUUCAAUUCUGUUUGUUUCUGUCAGUUAUAUAUGCAAAUGUAAAUUGAGUGGGAAAAUAAUCAAUCUUUUCCAUUUAAUAGGUGAAUGUUAGAACAGAAUGGUACAUAACUGUAUUUUAUGCUUUCAGAUUUAUGAAUAAUAAAGAACUAAGACAAUAUUCACAUUUGUA